GAGGCGCGCUGUAGGCCGGGUGUCGCUUCGUGUCGGGUUGUGUGGUCGCUGAGCGGUCGUGGAAAAUAGCGCGUUCAGGGAUUUCGGAAGCCGGUUGCAGCUCGUUAUUCUUCGGUUCUGUUGCGUGCUGUCGAUGGAGAAGGACGGUGUGACGUUCUACACUUUGGAGGAGGUGAAGCAGCAUAACACGAGCACGGACAGCUGGCUCGUGAUCCACGACCGGGUGUACGACAUCAGCUCCUUCCUUGAGGAGCAUCCAGGCGGUGAGGAGGUGCUGCUGGAGCAGGCUGGGGCAGAUGCCACCGAGAGCUUCGAGGACGUCGGACACUCCUUGGAUGCCAGGGAAAUGCUCCAGCAGUACUUGAUUGGGGAGCUGCACAUGGAUGACCGGAGAAAGGAAAACAAGGAUGUGUUCAUUACUACAUCUUCCAGCACGAGCUCGUGGACCACCUGGCUGAUCCCUGCACUGGCGGUAGCAGCCAUCGGCCUUAUGUAUCGCUAUUAUCUAGUGGAACAGAAGUCCUCCUGAGGCCUGGCAGCUAGAGCUGUUCCCAUGCCCAUCUCUCUUUGUCCCUGGAAGUCUUGAAAGGUCUGACUGAAUGUCCCUCCCAUCAUGAGCUCCCAUACUCUUCCAUUCCCAACUGCAGUGAUGGGGAGGCUGAUCUGGGUUUCUUUCUCUCACUCUAACCUGUUCCAAAGCCCACUACAGAGAUGUGGGGUGAGAUGCACUGGAAGUCAGAGCUCAUUUUUACAGUGUCAUUUCUCUUUAUCAUUGGUUCCCUUAACAUGUUGAAGUUAUUUUGUUGUAAUUGACAAUUUGGACAAAGUCACAGUGGCGCAAGAGGAAAAAUGUGUCCUUGCUUGUCUUUUAUACAAAAAUCAAAUGUUUGUGAAUUCAAGAAAUAUUUGUAGUCCAAAACAUGUAAAAGGUGAGAAUUUUUAGGUAACCUGCUUCUAUUUAUUUUUUUUUUUUUUCUGCACACAUCAAAAGUAUGGGCUAAUUCAUCCUUGCAAGAAAAGUCUCAUGUGAAGUUAGUUAGCACUUUGUAGUUUAUUAUAAAUAUAAAGGAAAAAGUAUGAUUUGUUGCCGGAUGUUUUAUAGUUAAUGGCCUCAAAAACAACAUGGGAGAAGUGCUAGUUGCACUGCUCGGUGCUUCACGGUGAGACCCCCCCGACACACUAAAUUAGUUUCUUUGGAAUAUAACUUUCCACAGCAAGUGGUCUGCAUUAACUUCUUGUAAGUGAAGAUUCUUCUGAGGAGUAGCCUUUUGGUUUUCAAUGCCUUCUAUGUCAUGGAUUUUUUUUUUCUUUUUUUCUUUUAUUGAAUUGUGUACUCUUUAAUGCAGAAUUUCACCAUACUCCUUUCUCACAGUAACAUGCAUUUUUAAAAAUAUUUUGGAAUAUCUCCUGUUGUAAAUGCCCCUUGACAUAAAUUAUUACAAAAAUGUAAUGUUUCAAAAGUGGCAAAAGAUUUGCUUAAAGUACAUGUAUUUCAUUAAACAUUCCCUUGCUUUUGCAAUUAAAAG